CUUUUUAUUUGCUACUGUAGCGUACUAAGAAAGGGAAAGUCCACAGUCCGUAAAGCUGUGGACUUCAUCUCCCGGCGGCACCUGUGUGAAACAGAAGACGUUUAUUGGCUAUUUCUUCCUUUAGACUUGUCAUACGCACACUUCCACAAUGGCAAGCACAGAUAAUGUAAUCACCUACGAUGAGCUGAAGGCUCUCCUUCAGAAGAGCUCCAGUCUGGUAAUUGAUGUGCGCAACAAAGAGGAGGUGGAGAAAGGGGCCAUUCCGGGAACCAUUCACAUUCCUGUGCACACCGUUGAGGCUGAAUUGAACCUGGAUCCAGCCGCUUUCCAGGCCAAGUAUGGGGUCCGGAAACCGGCCCUUGAUGCCCCAGAUUUGAUCUUCCACUGUCAGAUGGGCCGCCGUGGAGGCGAUGCCACAACAAAGGCGCGAGGCCUGGGAUUCCAGAAUGCACGCAACUACGCUGGUGGGUACAAAGAGUGGUCUGAGAAAGAGGGAAAGUAAAUGGACCUAAAAUCAACAUUACUGCUUGCACUAUGAUGAAAAACAAAAAGCCCUGAGCAUAUGAAUAUUUGUAAUAAGGAGUAAGCUGUGUUUUUUUUUGCUAUAUUUUUUUAUUUGUCAAUAUAUGGCAGCCCUGAAAACUUCAAAUAAAAGCGUUGAUAAGUCUAUUA